CUCGUUUUCACAAAACCUCAACCCAUGACCCCCUUCGCAGCCUCGACCUCUCGUCUUCCACAACUCCACCCCCGGCACGGAUACCGAGGGAGGCUCGACGCAGCGCGACGCGAUACACGCAGCCCUUGACCGACCCGUUCGCCGCGGCUGCACCGCCGAGCACGUCGUGAAUUGGCUCCGUCUGGGACCAGCAGCUUCGUCAUUCGUUCACGGCGUAACGCAAGCCACGAGACCCGUUGGGAGCGUUUCGAACUGCCCUUGCGCCAAGGGAGACUGGGCGACAGAAGGCCGAGGCGCCCCGGGAUCCACAUAUCACACUUUCUCCCUUGGAACCUUUCGCGAGCUGGGCUUCUUGGAGGAAACAGAACUGGAAGCUGAACGCAUUGGAUAUCGCCUGCCCGCUUCACGCAAUUCCUCCUCCCCGCUCAAUCUACCGCCCGAAACGAUUCUUGUAUCUACACCGGCCACUACAUAUACGAUGGCGUCUGAUUCGGAGAUGGAUGUGGACGCUCCUCGCGUCAAUGGCGCGGGAGCUGACACCGUCGAGCACCUCGCUUUCGCCGCCGUCAACCCAUCGACCCCUCAAGAGUCAGGACCUCAGCCAUUGUCCCAGACAACACUACCGUCCACGGAGAUCCCGGGAUCGCCAAUUGACCCAAACCAGUCGUUCAAAACGGAGGUUAUCGACGAUAGGCCGGCCAUCACGGUUAUUCCGUCCUCCAUGACCCCGCCACCUUCCACGCAGGUCGCGGCGAGCAAUGGUGCCUCGAGACGUGCCUACUCCAACUCUCAGCAGUCGGCUCUCUUUUCGCCGCCCGCCACCAUUCUCAAUACCAUGCGUGGACGAGAUAUCGAACCCGAAUUUACACCGCCGGCACCUCACCAGCUGCUCGAGGCUUCAGCAGACGAGCUCCGCUCCAUGCUGCAGACCUGUAUCGCCGAGAAUCAGAAGCUGAAGAUGGAGGCUGCGCACCACAAACUACAAUUUAAUCUGUUGAGCUUACAAGCGGAUGAGGAGUCAAAACGUGCCGCGGUGGAACACGACAUGAUACGCCGCGAAGUGGACGCCUUGCGCAUGGCAGAGCAUUCUCGGCAGGCGAAGCGCGAACUCAGCUCGGCGUCAGAGUCUCUGCAGAACAAGUACCUGCAGAUGAAGAUGUGGUACGAAUCAGCAGUAGAAGAGAACGAGGCUCUUAGCCGCAGAGUCAAGCUGGCCAAGAAGGUCAUCCAACAGAAGGAGGAGGAGACCAUAUCUCUCGCAGAGGAGCGGGAGAUGCUCCUUAACCGAAUUCGGGAGAACCGCGAGCACUUUCACAUGCUAUGCAGCCCCGGAGGCAUCUUUCAUGGCGCUUUGACGCCUAAACAUGGGAUUACAUCGACACCGCAGCAGCAUCGUGGGGCGGUGUCUCGCACUCUACACCGAGAAGAGACUGAUGGUCGAGAGCACGGACUGUCUGCACUAUUGGAGGCAAUGAGCCAGAGUCAGACACAAGAAAACAACGCAGCCGCCAACAACAACAGUGCGCCAUCAACACCCAUGGUCAUGGCUCGCCCUGCCUCUCGGCUCGUUAGGAGGCACCAACGCAACGCCCAAUCCAUGUCCUCACUCCCCACUACUCCCAUGCACAACUUGCGUGGAGACCACAGCGGCCUAUUGCCGUCAGUAAAUCUCGUGGCGCAAACGGAACCGAGAUCGCGCUAUUCACAGCGACGAUUUGUUCCCACAACUCCGCCUUCUCAGCGGCAAUCGCGAAGAAGACGACGAGAAAGCACAAUCUCAAUGGAGGACAAUGAAGAGCUUGCUCGACAAGCCAUAGAAUCGGUAAAAGCAGUACAGACACAGUCAUCCCAGCCGACUGGAGAUGUUCCGGCAGGAGGGCCAAUCAGCUCGCAAGAAGACGAGGAGCAAGUCUAUGAUAGCCAUGCGAGUCGAGCAGCGGCCAAGAUGCUGCGCCAAUAUCCCGGCCAGGAGUAUAGCGGUGCGCCUCCUUUGGUCACCACGGAGGGGCCUGCUGAGAAAUCUGCGGCCAUGCACGCCAAGCUUUUCACUGGAAGCAAAACCGCAGCUGGGGCUGAAAAGCGGAAGAUGGGGGCUGAAGGAGAGAGUCAAGCGGACAGCCCACAAAAGAAGAUGAAAGCUGGUGGAGCGGCAUCAGAUAGCCGCCGUGUUGGACUGGGCAUUCAAUACUAGCAGAAAUGGAGAGAGGAAUGCAGACCAAGUGCCGGGUCAUGUCAGAUCAGAUGGAAGCGAUUUACUCGAGAGAUAUCCCCCAGUCGGCACGUGACUGGAAGUCUUUGCUUAUUGUGUUUUAUGGUUGACUUGUUCUUCUUUUUGACGAAUGAUGACUAUAUUUGAUUGAGCUGGUUGGUUGUUAGUACUUGGUGAUGAUUGAGAGUGGUAGUGGAAUGAGACGAGAUGCGGUUGUUGUCGGAAAGAAGUCGGAUAAGGGAGACGGCCCAAAAAGAGCGUAAAGGGCUAGGAUCAAACGGUAAUACAGCACACAUUUACAAUUCAGGCUGGGGACUAGAUUCGCGUUUGCGAGGUAUACUCUGCUUAAAAGUGGAUAUUAAGAGUGCAAAUAAAAAGAGUUAUCAUAAUACUGUCCAACUAGCGAGAGAAUAUACAACGGAUAGUCUGCCACGUUGUAGGAUAAGAUCUUAGCCGGCAAUGCACGGA